AUGUCCAUCAGGCCGCUCCCGGAGGAUGUCGUUGGGAAAAUCAGGUCCUCGUCGACCAUCACGUCCCUCAAUGGCGUCGUCUGCGGCCUGCUCAAGAACUCGCUUGAUGCUGGCGCCACCAAGGUCAACAUCUACGUUGAAUACGGCCGAGGAAACUGCACUGUAGAGGACAAUGGGCUCGGAAUUAGUCCUGGCGAUUUUGCAGAGGAUGGAGGGCUCGGAAAACCCUACUUUACAUCUAAAUUUCCACCCCAGCAUGGGCUCUACGGUAGACAGGGAGCGUUUUUAUCUUCCCUGAGCACGCUGUCUCUACUUACGGUUACAUCCCAUCACUAUCGCUACAAUUCGCACAACACCAUCUCGAUUCAUCAUGGCAAGCUCUUGAAGAGACAGGCGCCUUCUCUGCCUGGAGAUCGAUUCCAAAUCUUUGAUCACGGCACGCGAGUUGCCGUCAACAACCUAUUUGGCUCUCUUCCCGUACGUGUUAAACACCGGGCUACCCUCUUCUCGGACCGGCAUGGGCUUGAGAAGGAGUGGGGGCGUCUGGUUCAUGAUGUGGUCGGCUUGCUCGUAUCUUGGCCUUCUGGGGUCACCGUGGCCUUGCGUGAGACCAAAGGACAGCGUGAGCUACGUCUAAAGCCACCGGAGAAUGCAAACAUGGUUUCUAGAGCGUUACGAUUCUUCACGCAAGCAUCAUUAGCAGAUUCUGGCGACGUGGACUCGUGGGAACCGGUAUCAGCAACUGCUGGCCACAUCACAAUCAAGGGCUGCAUUUCUCUGAAUCCUGUUGCGACACGCCGAUCUCAGUUUAUGAGCGUAGGGAUAUUGCCAGUCUCAAACGAGUAUGGAAGCAAUGUUUUGUACGAGGAGGUGAACAGAAUGUUUGCAUCUUCGGAUUUUGGCAUCGUUGAGCACCAAGAUGGCAUGUCCAAUACUGGGGCUGGCCCAAAUCAAAGGAAAGGCAAAGGGGUGGACCGAUGGCCCAUGUUCUAUCUUCGAAUCACACUCAAAGGGACUGAAGAUUUAUUCGACGUUGAUGACACUUCUAGCCAUUCACAUGGGGAUCUUGAAAGAAUUAUUGAUUUGCUCAGGGUAGUCAUUUAUAGCUUCCUGAAGAAGCACCACAUGCGCCCUCAAAGGAUUCAGCCAUCUUCAGACAAGUCUGUAUUCUCAACCGCUCCACACCGUCGCACAAUCCGGGCUACCAAGGGGCGUCAAUCCUCAACGGCAGCUUCAAAAGCCCCCCCGUCGCAAGUUUUGCCGUCUGACCCAGUAUCAUCCCUCUCAGACAGUCCUUUUGACGGAUGGAAUAGGAUGAGGGUUGGUCUACGGACAGCACAUAGGUCCGAAAAAGAGGUGCUGCGGAGGCAUGAAACGAGACGAACCAACUCGGAAACCAUUGUGACAAAUCGGCUGAUUGGUGAGGGAGGCCAACUGCUCCGCAAACCCUUUGACGUUUCAGUCCCUCUCAGCCCAAGAGCAACGCUUGGAAAGGGGGUGGAAUCUGAAUCUCAAGAUACAUCUAAAACAGGCCCUUUGGCUCUUGCUGAACGCCCUAAGAGAGUGGCAGAAGAUUUGCCAAGUGAAGAAGCAAAGCGUCCAAAAGUGAGCGGGUCGGAUUUCAGAGAUGGGAUACCGAAAGAGAGGACAGAGGUGGGCGAGAAGAAGGAACCAAGCGAAUGGCUGCAAAACAUCCUCAAGUCAUGGAAAAACCCCGUCUUUGAAACAGCUCGACCUGCUAUACCACGCAUCAACGACGAAGCGCCAGAACCGAGGCGUGAUGCGAUAUCACAUCCUGGCUCGCGUCGGUGCUGCGACGAGGAUAAAGGAGAAGUCAGGUUCGAGUCAGCAUCCAUCGGCAUCGAGGGCCGCGUGUCGCGAUCAGCCUUGGCGGCAGCACAGGUCGUUGCACAAGUCGAUAAAAAGUUCAUAUUACUGAAGCUUCCCCUGAGUAACAUUACGAGCGGGCGAGAGCCGAACAGCUCGUGUGCCCUGGUGAUGCUCGAUCAGCAUGCUGCAGACGAGAGAUGCCGUUUGGAGGAACUCAUGGCGGGCUACUUCAGGCAAGAUGGUUCGAAUGGGAUCCCGAAGGCGGUCGUUGAGCCUCUCGAGCGACCCUUGAUAUUUGAAAUCUCGGAGCGAGAACACAAUCUAUUGUUGCGGUAUCAGGAGCAUCUCGAAGCAUGGGGCAUUCUGUAUAAGGCCCAACGACGAGCAGCCUCGACGAAACAAGAGAGUGGUGGCUGUACGGUGGCCGUCUCGGCUCUGCCUCCGAGUAUCCUGGAGCGCUGUCGUACCGAUCCGCGCCUUUUGGUGGAACUGAUGCGCAAGGAGAUAUGGAAACUCGACGACGAGGGCAUCUUACCCCCACGGCCGCGCAGUGCUGGAAGAGUAGAUGGACAAGCUCAAAUUCAACCUCCUACGGCCAAUUUCCGCGGCUGUCCCAGAGGGAUCCUCGAGUUGCUGCAUUCGAGGGCCUGUCGAAGUGCCAUCAUGUUCAACGAUGCUCUUUCGGCUGAGGAGUGCGAGCAGCUGGUGCGACGGCUUGCGAAAUGCGCGUUGCCGUUUCAGUGUGCGCAUGGACGGCCGAGUUUGGUGCCGUUGGUGGAUUUGGGAUCGGGGCCGAGGAUUGGAGGAUGGGAUGGAGAUGAGCGGCAUGAGAUGGAUUUGCGGGCGUGGAAGAGAUGGAUGGCAGCGGCGCAGGAGGAUGAAUAA